AUGAAUCUCGACAUCGACACCAGCAACAUCAGCCACUCAAUCGAGAAACUCGACUCCCGCAUCGAUUCGCAAACGCCGCAUCCAAAUACGCAGAGGAGAAAACUAAACUCCAAAGAGAAGAUCCAGCCGCUUCGCGCACAAAUCAGAAGCGUGCAUGUGAAUAUGGAAAAUCCAGUAGACGAGGUCAAAACGCAAAUCAAAAGCAUGCCGUUGGCUUCCGAUUCGAUAAACAUGGAUGUCCGGAAUUUUACCAAUGAUACGAAUAGUCAAGAGUCGAAAUCGCUGGCGAGUUAUGUCUCCGCAUAUGUAUCGGCCACGAUGAAAUGGCUUGGCAACGAUGUUGCGGCGCAGAUGACUCGAGCUGCUGCAAAUCGGAUUAGUGAUCAAGUAUCCAAACAUAGUAUUUCGGGUACUCGUGUGAUUCCCGUUUCUUGUACGCAUAAGAAUGCAUCCGUUCUAACUCCUUUCGCGCUCAAUGUCGACAGAGCAAUUAAAGUCUGGAAUCAUCUUUUUAAAGACGACAAGAUUGUCCCGACUAGCACAAGCAAUAUGUUGCAAAUUGCUCAACAGGACGAAUCCAAUUCUCCCGAUGCUAAGAAAUUCAGCAUCAUUUCAGGAACGUCGUUUGGAUCCAGUUUCAUGGGUAUGGUGCAUAUCUUGAAUAGUACAAGCACGAUGGCCGGCCAGUGA